AUGCGGUUUAGUACAAUCUCUGAUGAAAUGUGCACUUGGUUGGAAAGAGAUUUUGAUGAAGAAGAAUGUUUACUAGCAAUCAAAUCUCUAGGUCAAAAUAAAGCUCCAUGGUCAGAUGGAUUUCCUGUGAGCUUUUACUUACUUUGUUGGGACAUUCUAAAAGAAGAUUUUAUGAAAGUUCUGGAAGAUUUACAAGAUAGAAGCUUUCUAGAUUGGAAACUCAAGAAUACCUUCAUAGCUCUUAUUCCUAAGAAGGAUACAAUUGAAGGAAUUAAAGAUCUCAGACCAAUUAGUUUGGUACAUGGAGCUUAUAAGAUCCUCUCAAAAAUGUUGGCAGAAAGGUUCAAGGUAAGUCUUCCAUCAGUUAUUUCUCAACAUAAAAGAAAUUUCAUUAAGAAAAGACAAAUUUUAGAUGGAGUGUUAAUUGCCAAUGAGCUUAUUGACUCUGGAACUAGAAGUGCAAAGCCUGGUUUGUUAUGCAAGGUGGAUUUUGAGAAGGCUUUUGAUCAUGUUAAUUGGGAAUUUAUAGAUGAGAUUUUGAAGCUAAUAGGUUAUGGAGAUAAGUGGAGGAGUUGGGUGAAAUGUUGUGUUGAGUUUGUGAAAUUCUCUGUCUUGGUGAAUGGUAGUGCCUCUAGCUUUUUUACUAGUAAGAAGGGUAUCAGACAAGGAGAUCCCUUGUCCCCUUUUUUAUUACUUUUGGUUGGUGAAGCUCUUUCUUACAUGUUAAAACAAGCUCAACUGCAAGGUAUUAUCUCUGGUUUUCAGGUCAAUAAUGAAGGUACGCUCAUUAGUAAUUUGCAAUUUGCAUAUGACACUCUGAUUUUUCUAGAUGCUAAUAUUGAACAAGUGAAAAAUCUUAGGAUAAUUCUUCUUUCUUUUGAGCUGUUAACUGGUUUGAAGAUAAAUUUUUCUAAGAGUCAAAUCUUUGGAGUUGGUUUUGAUGGAGACUUAACUCAGUUCUGUGACAUUUUGGGAUGUUAUUCUGGCAUACUUCCCACUAUUUAUCUUGGUCUUCCUCUUGGGGAUAAGUGUAGAGGUGUAGCUAAAUGGGACAAUAUAGUGGAUAGAUUUAUUGCAAGGCUUGCUGGUUGGAAGAAAAAUAUACUCAAAAGAGCAGUGGCUGAAAUUUGUGUCGAUGGAGAAAAUGGUGUUGAGUGGAAUUUGAUAUCUCCAAGAAGAUUGUUUGGUGCUGCUGCAAUAGAACAUGCUAUACUUAUCUCAGAUUUGGUUUCUUUCACUUUCACUCCUGAUCUUGAGGAUGAACUUCAGUGGAAUAUUUGUGCAAGUAAAGUUUUCUCUGUCAAAUCCUUAAGAUUACUUACAAGAGAUUCUUUGCGAAGGAAGGGAAUGGAUGUUCCAGCUGAAUGCUUAUUUUGCAGUGAACCUGAAACUACUUCUCAUGUUCUGCUGCAUUGUAGUUUUGCAAAAAAGAUUUGGAGUAAAUUUCUGGAAAAAUUGAAUUGGUAUUUUGCAAUGCCUGAGCAUCCUUCAGAUGUUGUUCAUUCCUGGCAUUUGAAGAAAUCUUCAGAUGCUUUGACUUAUCUUUGGAAUUUAAUCCCUGCGGAAGUUCUUUGGUGCAUCUGGCAAGAGCGGAAUGCAAGAGUUUUUACUGACAAAGUCUGCAACGAUGUGGCUGUGACCAACAAAGUAAUUUACUGCCUCUAUUCUUCGUCUUUAGUUAUCAAAGAUUUUGAUAAUUUAUCCUCCUCAGAUGUCAUGGAGAACUAA